UUCCUUUUCUUUUACUCUCAUUUAAAAGUUUUAAUUCAUUUUCUCCGGCUUCCUCACAUCCCUGUCUGAACAAAGAAACAAAAACAAAAAAACUUAGCAAAAACCCUAAGUUGACACUUUCGUUGCACAAACAACCAAAAGUAAAACCCUAAACUGAAAAAUCAAAGAAAUCAUCAUUCAAUUUUGAUGCUUGUUUUCUGAAUCGUUUUUGUGGUGAUUCAAGCGAGCAGAGGAGAAAUGCACAGUUGCUUUCAUGAAGAUUAGUUACUACAGAAGUUUUGGUCUUUUAAGCAGGAUUUCAUUCAAGAUAGAUCCACUAGAAGUUUAAUUUUUACUGUUUUGAAAGGAAAAAAAUAAUGAAAUACUCAGUUACUCUAGGAUUCUACUUUUAAUCAAAUAACAUUGUGAUUGUUGAGGGUUUUUAAUUAAGUAUUAGUGUAUUACCCAAAUUUUGAUUGUGCUAACUGUUUCAAUAGUUGGUUCGGGGAAAAAACUUAUCAAAUUCUGUUACUGUUGUAUAGUUGGUCUUGUGUUGAAAUUAGGGUCACUUGUCCAGUUCAGUUUGACAUACUCUAUAAUCUGGAUUUUCUCUUGAAGAUUAUAUCAUUGGAACUUAGUUUAAGAGGAGAUUUAGUGUGGGUACUCUCCUAGUUUAUCUAUUUAGGGUAGUAUCUGGUUCGUCAUUGCAUGGGCGAUCAUGAGCACUGGGCACAGCCUAGUGGUGUUAUGCCCAAUGGCCUUCUGCCCGAUACAGUUUGUUCGGUGACUAGAUCCCUUGAUGCAGAAAGAUGGUCCAUUGCUGAAAAGAGAACCGAAGAAUUAAUUAAUUACAUUCAACCCAACAAGCCCUCUGAAGAACGCAGAAAUGCUGUUGCAGACUAUGUUCAGAGGCUUAUCUUGAAGUGCUUCUCCUGCAAGGUUUUUAUGUUUGGGUCUGUCCCUCUUAAGACCUACUUACCAGAUGGGGACAUUGACCUGACAGCAUUCAGUGAGAAUGAAACUUUGAAGGAUACUUGGGCUAAUGAGGUCCGUUAUAUACUCGAGACUGAAGAAAAGAGUGAGACGGCUGAAUUUCGUGUGAAAGAGGUGCAAUACAUACAGGCAGAAGUGAAGAUAAUCAAGUGUCUUGUAGAAAAUAUUGUAGUAGACAUAUCCUUUAACCAGCUUGGCGGGCUGUGCACUCUUUGUUUUCUUGAGGAGGUUGACUAUUUAAUUACGAAAAGUCAUAUAUUCAAGCGCAGCAUCAUUCUGAUAAAAGCUUGGUGUUACUAUGAGAGUCGUAUAUUGGGAGCUCAUCAUGGACUUAUUUCUACUUAUGCACUUGAAACAUUAGUUCUCUACAUAUUUCAUGUCUUCAACAAUUCCUUCGCAGGACCACUUGAGGUCCUUUACCGGUUUCUAGAGUUUUUCAGUAACUUUGACUGGGACCAUUUUUGUGUUAGCCUUUGGGGUCCAGUUCCAAUUUGUAGACUUGCGGAUAUGACAGUGCAACGUAUGGCAGCGGAACCUCCUCGAAGGGAUACUGAAGACUUGUUGCUCAGUAAAUUAUUUGAUGCUUGUAGUUCUGUAUACUCUGUGGGCGGUCAAGAUAAUCAGGGUCAACCCUUUGUAUCUAAACAUUUCAACGUUAUUGAUCCUCUACGAAUAAACAACAACCUUGGACGAAGUGUUAGUAAAGGUAAUUUUUUUAGGAUUCGUAGUGCCUUCGCGUUUGGAGCGAAAAGGUUGGCCAGACUUCUCGACUGCCCGAAAGAGAACGUAAUGUCUGAAGUAAAUCUGUUCUUUAUGAACACAUGGGGUAGACAUGGUAGUCGGCACCGCCCUGAUGCACCUGGUGCUGAUUUGGUUUGCUUGCAACCAUCAAUUCCUGAUCAUGUAAUUGGAUCUGAGAAUUUAAAACAUCCUGUGAGCAGCAAGAAAAAGAUCGAGGAGUCUCCUGGCAGUCAAGCCCCAGAAAGAGUAUCUAGGACCAGUAACUUUUCUGCAACUUCUCGUACUGGUCGGAAAAGAAUUUCUAAUCUAAACACUUCCAGGGUGACUGAGCAUUUGGCGAAGAAUGUUAACCCUGGUGAAGCUGCGGGUCACCGAAAGAUUAUACCAAAUUACUUGGCGGAUGAGGUGCAAAACACAUUCCAUUUUGUGAGGGCACAUUCUAGUCCUGAGCUAACAGACGCAUCAACUGAGGUUUCCAGAGGAAGACAUAACAAGGUGCCAGAAAUGGGGAGAAAACAGAGUACUCGGAAGGCAGAAUAUACAAGGAGAAAGAAUCUGGAAGUUCCAGGGACUCAUAGCGCUAAAUGUGUAACUGAAGAUUCCUCAACUUUGAGGAGCAUCCCAUCUCUUCGAAGCCUUGAUAUUGCUGGUGAAAACAAGAAUUAUGAGGAAGUUGGUUUUGGUUCCACUGGAGAAGAGCUUGCUUCUGUAGCUGAUACGAGGAAGAUGUGUCAGGAGGCGCAAAACAUGGUGAACAUGAUGGCAUCAACCAGAUUACAUGGUCCUCCCAGCCGUAUGCAGUAUCCUAUGAAUUUAGCUUCUCCACACUUACCUCGUCCAGUUUCACCUUCUGCUCUGGCAUCAGUUGGUUAUGCUCGUAGGAAUUUGAUGGGUAUGAUUCCAGCAGAUAUGCCUUUGGCUGACCCUCUUCAGGGCAGUACCUCAUUUCCUCAAACUAAGGUGUCAUCGCCAUCUUCGAGAUACUUCCCUAUAGUUGAGUUAGCGUCAAAUCAAGUUAUGGAACCAAAUUUUGAAAAUUCAGGAUUGACCGAAGUCAAACAGAUUGAAAGUUCUCACCGUUUCUGGCAGGAUCAAGAUGCUGCUAGUUCUGUUAGAGGUUUGGGUGCAGAUGAUGGAGCUUUCCAGGUAGUGCAGUCUGAUGACUCAAUGUCGCAUAACUUUGUUCCUUUAACUCGAGUGAGUAGCUCUGGCAGUUCAAUAGGGAAAGGUCGCCACAAGUUUGCUAAAGAAAGCAAAAAUCGAAAUGUUUCUCACCAGAAAAAGUGUGAUAGAGGAAAUGAGGCUCAUAGCCCUGAUAGAUAUGUGAGUAUGAGAUCCUUACCUACUUCAGAACCAGGUUCCUCAAGAAGCAAAACAUCUUCUGAAAGUUCCUGGGAUGGAUUAUCUGCCAAAGUCUCUAAAUCAUCUAAGGAUAAACGGGGAAGAAGAAUCACUCCUUCUGUAGAUUCGUGCACCGCAUAUGAUAAAGACAAAAACAGGUCGUAUGAUGAUGCGUCAGUAGAUAACAGUUCUUCACAGGCAGAUGAAGACAACAAAGACUGGAUUCAACAAACUGAAAUGGUUGAAAGAAGAUCAGUGGCUUCUUUGCAUUCUCAGACCCACCAACUGCCUAGCUAUGAAACAUCAAGUAUGAGUGGAUCGGACUCGAUGAUACCUUUAUCUCCUAUGCUUGUGGGUACUGGUUCACGGCAAAGUACAAUGGAAAAUCCAGCGAUGGUACCCUUUGCAUUUUAUCUUGCAGGCCCCCCUGUUCCAUUCCUAACAAUGCUUCCUAUGUACAAUGUGCCUAUAGGGACUGAAACUAGUGAAAGAUCCACUAGCAAUUUAGAGGGGGAGGAGGGAUCAGAUGAUCAUAGUCAUACAAACCAGUCAGACCAGAACUUUGACUCUGUAGAGUCCCGUGGUCAGUCCGAGAUUUUCAGUACCCGUGAUUCAAGUAGGAAUGGUUCUUUAACGGAACAUCCCGAGGAGCACAAAUCUGACAUUCUGAAAAGUGACUUUACUAGUCAUUGGGGAAAUCUUCAGUUUGCACGGUUGUGUCAAAAUACAAGGUAUCAAGGUCCUUUGAUUUAUCCUUCCCCCGCUAUGGUACCACCAAUGUAUUUACAGGGUCAUUUCCCCUGGGAUGGUCCGGGAAGACCUAUUUCGCCUAAUGGAAACCUUCUCACUCAGUUUACAAGUUAUGGCCCUCGUCUCGUUCCCGUUUCUCAGUUUCAACCUGGUUCUCAAAGAUCAAAUGGUGUUUAUCAGUGUUAUGGUGAUGAAAGCCCUAGAUACCGUGGGGGAACUGGAACCUACCUGCCAAGUCGUAAGGUUCCUUUCAGGGAACGACAAUCGUCAAGUAUUCGAAACCAUAAAUUGAACAAUGACAAUUAUGACUGCGAUGAGCACCACAAAGAAAGUGAGGGAACUUGGAAUAUGGGAUUUAGACAGCGAACUGCUGGGCGAAAUAAUGGUCUCGGUGAUAAGCCUAGCACAAGGUUAGAUCGCUUGGCAGCAAAUGAGAACCAAGCUGAUUAUAGAACGUUUGACUCGUAUAGGCAUGAAUCUUUCUCCUCAUAUCAGACCCAGAACGGUUCAUUUCGCUCCCCAACUUCUAUUCGUAGCAACAACGGCAUUUACCCAAUGGUGAGCAUAAACUCAAAUGGUGUUUCACCCACUGGACCUGCUGGUCCAUCUGUCGUUAUGUUGUACUCUUAUGAUCGAAAUGUUGGUUAUAGUUCGCCUGCAGAGCGUGUUGAGUUUGGUUCUGUUAGGCAAGGUAGUUUUUCAUGUGUGGAUGAAGUUUCACAGGAAGUUGAAGUAGGCCCAGCAAGGUUUAUGUAUGAAAGACCGCGGAUUCAAGGCGGUUCAUCUGCUCAAUCCUCUCCGGACGAGCCCUCCUCUCCCCAAUCUGAAAGAAGGAAUUGAAUAUCUUGCGGGUAUCAGUGGAUAAAAAGAAAUUAGUCGUAUAUAGAGACAUCUGCUCCUUGUUGUCUCCAAGUCAAAGAUGAUCAUAAAGAUCAAGCAUGUCCUAGUUACCAGUGGUUGUUCCUUCCUUCACUCUUAGCUGAGAGAUCUGUUGCUCCAAGAGUAUGCCAAGGUAUCUACACUAUGCUCCCUUCUUUACUAGAUGCAAAGAUCAACAAGCACAUGUCAGGCAGGUAAAGAUAACUGGGUUAAGGGUUUAGCCAUGUUGAGUCUGACUUUGUUUUUAUGUAUUGAUGGCCACAUUAGCUUUUUCCAGCAAGGUUCUUAUCCAUCUAUGGUCUCCACUUUUAGCACUUCGAAGAAACCUAUUACCUCAGGUCUUGAAGAAGGGUGGGAAAUUCUCUUGUUCAGGGGUAGUGGGCUGAUUCCAGCCCACAACUUGUGGAUGUUGGAUUUCAGUGAAUUUGCGGUCCCCCUAAUAGAUGGGAUUUCUUCCUGAUGCUUCUUUAGUUUUAUUUUUGAAGGCUGUUUAUUCUCAGAAGACUUGCACACAUCAGGGCAUUGUCUAUCGUUCGCAGGGGAAGUCUUUAUCUUACUAUUGGGAGGGUUCAUUGUUAGCUAGUGACUGUCAUCAGAUGGGAAUUUGUAUUUUUCUGAACAUUGUUUCUCCGACUUUCGAGUCUCUUUGACUACUGGAAGUGAUGUGCGAAGAUAUUAAGCAAUGUGAGUUGGAACUGCGAAGAGGAGAAACGUCAUGUGCCUGCCAGUAUCAUUUGUUCUUGGGAUCACUCAAAAUUAUGUCUAGAUCCAAUGAAAAAAGCUUCCAUCCUAGAGUUGGGCAUAAUGGUCUCCGAACUUCGGAUCUUUGUGUAAAACCUAGAUUACAUUCCAUCUAGAUGGGUAGGUUGUUCCACAAUCAUCUGAAAAGAAGAAAAAAAAAGGUAGCAUGUGCUACGGGAAGCGAAGCUUUUAUUGAUUUUUGUUCAGUCAAGAAUGGUUAUGUUGACAUCUUAUAACAAGUAUUGCUCGGUAUUUUGUUUUA